CAUGCUGAAUUGAACAUGCGGUGUUUACGUUUUCCUUUUUCCAUUUGUUUACAUCCCUGUUUUAGUGCAAAUUGUUCCGAAAUGUUCGAUCACGCUAUUGCUAAAGCUUGUGUUAAAAAGGAUUGCCUGCAAAACUUCUGGAAAGCAAUCGAUAUUUAUCUGUUCAAAACGCACGUCAUAAACAAAAAGCUGUUUGGUGUUAAAAAUGUAGCAAUUCUACCAUUCACAAAUGAUUCCAAGUCGGUGGUAUCGUGGGACAACGCACUAGAUCAAAUUGCGGAAACGAAUCCCGACUGUUUUGAGGCAGAAACUCGAAAGAUUCUCGUAAAUCAAGGAUAUAAAGUACAGGAAGGACAACCAGCUAGUAGCUCCAUCGAUUAUCUGUCGCAAUACGAUCAUGAUGGAGUGAUCGUGUUCAAUCGUUUAUUGCCAAAAAACAUCGGUGUCUUUCAUCCAAUCGAUGUUGUUUGCUUGAUCGAUUUUAGAUCGUAUCGUGUGCAGCUGCAAUGCCUUCAGAAAGAUAAGGUUACCAGUUUAUUUCCAACAUUUCCCUUCUCGCUAGAAAUGUCGCAGACAGAACUUUCAAUCCGUUGCCGAUCUAGCGAUACUACCGACGAACGAUCGAUUUUUUGGCUGCGGGAAGUUCUGCUAGAAAGGAUGCACAAAUGGAUGGAAUCGAGCAUUCCCACUGAUUCGACUGGAACGAGUACCGCUUCAAUUCGAUCCCUUGCUCUUGUAGACAAUUUGGAGGAGUACAAUUGUUUGUUUAACGAAUUGAAACAAAAGUAUGGUUUAUCGAUGGUAUCCAUUUGGCCGGAGUGUACCGAUCCUCAGAAAUUUGUCUUUGAAGACAUCGCAAUCGCAGCGUAUUUGCUUAUGCUGUGGAAAAAAGAGCGGACUGCCAACGGCACCGACAAUCUCCAAUCCUUCGUAGAUAUUGGAUGCGGAAAUGGGUUGCUGGUCUACAUUCUCGCAUCGGAAGGACACCGAGGGUACGGUAUCGAUUUGAGGAAACGCAAACUGUGGGAUCUUUAUCCAGCCGAACCGAAGAUUGAUUUGCGCGUUGAAACGCUCGUACCUUCGAAUGCUUCCUUGUUUCCCACCAUCGAUUGGAUCAUUGGCAAUCAUUCGGAUGAGCUGUCGCCUUGGAUUCCGGUCAUAGCAGCACGAAGCUCUUACAGAUGUCGAUUCUUUCUGCUACCCUGCUGCGCUUACGAGUUCGAUGGACGUAAAUAUCAACGACAAAAUGGUGCUCUUAGCCAGUAUGGAGACUUUUUAAAUUAUGCUGCCGAAAUUGCAGGUGUUUGUGGGUUUCACGUAGAAACCGAUCGUUUACGAAUACCAAGCACCAAACGAACUUGCCUGAUUGGCAAUAAAAGAACGUACGCUGAAACGGAAUAUGAACGCAUUGACGAUAAAAUAAAAGCAUUCAUCAACGAGCGGUCGAAAGGAGUAGAUGUGAAGGACACAUUGGUGCAAACUGGAACGGAAGAUAGUUGGUCGGCAAAUUUCAAACCUAGGGAAAGUGUUGAAAAGGUACGAAACUGUACGAAAAUCGAUCGAUCCGUGGUGGAGAAGAUUGUUACGAUUGUGUUCGAAGAACUACUUGCAAAGCGACGGGUUCCGGAAGAAUUCGCCACACGUAACUGGAACGCUGGUGGAACGAUCGCGUUAGAAGCAUUAGUAAAAGUGAUACCGCAGGAGUAUUUAGUCGCUCUGAAGGCGGAAUGUGGUGGGUUGCAAACGUUACUGCGGAACAAUCAUCAAAUUUUUCGAGUGGAAAAGGGAACGGUACAACUUCGCAUACCGACCAAAGUGUCGGAUGUGAUUGACGAGGCAGUUGUGAGAAAAAUGAAGAAGGUCAAGAAUUUUAAACCCGUCAAUUUUAAGCAGCGGGUCUGUUGGUUUUUCACCAAUCAUCCGGACGGUUGCCCGUUGGUGGAGAAUGAAUGUAAAUUUAACCAUGGAAGUUGAUACGGACUGGGCCUUUAUCCUGUGCACGGGGUUACGGUUAGGAUAGCAUUUGGUAUCGAUCCUGUUGUAUGUUGCGUGUGUUGUGUAUACCACUAACUAGCGUUAUGAAUGAAAAAAUAGUAAUAAAUACUAGAUACACUCUAAAUGCUGAAAUACUUACCUCAAAGAAAAAGAUCGUCGAAGACGGAUU